AUGUCGAUCAUCCAUCGGUAUCGUAAAGAAUGCUCGUUCGUCCGCAUGGUCACAUCUCUACGCUCGCACCAUAGUGCGUUUUGCGCGAAGCGCCAUCCAGCCGUAGGCCCCGCUCGAAGGGCGCCCGCUCAACGGGCGGGGCAGAGCGUGAAGAUGGGCGCUUAUGAUGGGGGGAACCACGCGCGGCUUGGGGGUUCCAGCAUGGGGGUCGAAGCCGAGAGGCCGAGGCCCACGCUGAGCCUGAAGAAUCACGGCGCUUUGGUGGUCGGUGUCCCGGCCGAGGAUACUUUGCUCCUUUACUGCAACGACCUCCGCCUUGCGGACGAUCGGUCCACGAAGCGGCUGUGGGAGGGGGGUAGUACCGAUGGGUCGUCACCCACGGUUUCCAACUUGUCUUGGAUGGUGUGGGCUGAUACGUUCACAGGGGGAUCCGGCUACGCCUUCCAACUGCUCUUUGAGGGAGCUCGUGAAGGCCAAUAUCUUUAG